AAGUACCGGCCCGAUCUCUUCCUCUACUUCGUACUCAUACUCAUGCCACCCCGUAAACGAACUGUCUUUACGCAGGAAAGCAUUGACCAACAACUACAACAGAUUCAUCUAUUGGACCAAUCAUCGUCAUCUGAGAACCUUGAACAGCUAGGCCCUAUCAUCAAACAAAUUCAUACCGGUCGGCAACAGGAUGCAUUUCUGCGUUCUGUCCAGGCAUUGGUUGAUUCCAAGGAUGCAGAGAUAGAAAGGAUUUGUGGGGAGAACUAUCAAGACUUUAUAUCCUCUGUCUCGACACUGUUUACUGUGAAAUCAUAUACGGACAAGAUGAAGGAGAAUAUCUCAUCUUUAGAUGCCAGCGUUUCACAGCUUGGCCGAGGACUUGUUGAAAAGAAACGUGCUUUGCUUCAAACAAAGAAGACGGCUGCAAAUCUUGAUGAGGCUAUCGACAACCUCCAAGCCUGCCUACGGGUCUUAGACGUUGUCCAUCGAGUUGGUGAGAUGAUUAGGGAAGGCAAAUAUUGGAGUGCAUUGAGGUCACUGGAAGACAUUCAAAAUCUGCCCCAAACCUCUUUGUCCCAAACACCUUUCUAUCGACAUCUUCUUUCGUCGUUGCCCUCGUUGCGAGUGCAGAUAAAGGACGCGGUGACAGCUUCUAUGAAAGAAUGGUUGCUGAAGAUCCGAGAGAAUAGCGGCGAAAUAGGCCGACUAGCAUUAGAAGCUAUGGAAAUCCGAACACGACGAUGGAGAUCAAGGCGGGACAAGGAUCCACUGCUGAGGAUGAGUCGAGUUGGAAGUGCCGUGGAAUUGGUUACCUACGAGAAGACUGAAUUCAACGUUCUCGAUAACGACAAACUCACCGUGGACUUCAAACCUCUUUACCAAUGUAUACAUAUAUAUACGACUCUUGACUCGUUAGACGAACUUCAACGGUCCUACCAAGCUGAUAGAAAGAUUCAAUCCGAUUUAAUACUACCAAUGCCCCUCCCACUAGGAUCACUUCCUGCUGUAACACAGGAAAUUUCCGGUUAUUUUAUCGUCGAGACACACGUACUUGAAACUACUGGGACCUUCAGAUCUGGAAGAGAAGUCGAGGAACUAUGGGAAGGUGUCGUGUCACGUCUUACUGUUGCCGUACAAAGUGCCCUUCGUCCAGAAACCGAUCCAGAUUCGUUUCUACGUGUCAAAGAGUGCCUCAUCGGGUUUAUAACGACACUCGAGUCCCCACUGUAUUCAACAACUUCUUUACAUUCUUUCAUCAUCGUCUUAUUUGAAAAGUACGCUCAGCUAUUGGAGAAGCAGUUUUCCAAGCGUUUUGAUGAUAUUGUUUGGCAAGACGAUUGUCAGCCUAUGUAUAUACAAUCUCAACAGGAACUCAAGACCGUUUUGGAUGUGGUGUGGAUCAGUGAUGAGGAGAGAGCCGAAGUGGCGAAAGUUUCUUUGCCCCAGAGCCUGCCUUGGUCUCAGACUUUCUAUCUGUGCUGCGAGGAUAUUCGUGGAUUCAUUCAGAAAUUCUAUGCUUUUGUCGAGGGUGUGUCGCAACAUCAUCGAAACAUAGAUGACCUCCUAAGCAAGUCUCUUGACAACCUCCUCAUUAACCACAUAUGUGGCUCAAUCAACAACCGGCUCGCAGAAACAACUAAUUUGUCUCAACUUGCUCAAAUCGUAACUAAUGCUGAGCAUUUUCAAGUCGCUUGCGAAGAACUAGAACGUUCGCUCACGAGCCUCAGGACAGCUCAGCGAGGAGGUACUAUUCGACUCAAAGCCUCAUCUUCGUUCGAUGAGACCUUCACUCGUUCUGUCACGCGGAUCAAGUCUGUUAUCAACUCCAAACUAGAUGAUUUCUUUGAACUUUCGGAGUAUAAUUGGGUGCCUACAUCCAGGGAGGAGGGGCCCAAUAUGUAUCUCUACGAAUUAGUCAAUUGGCUUACCACUGUGGUGGACAGUCAGUUACUUAUUGCCUCAUCGUAUAUCGACGAGGCAUAUAUGGGUGCUGCUGAAUACAUCGCCGAGUGCUUCAUGGAUUUCUUAGCAGGUCGUAACAUCGCCAUGAUGAAUGAAAACGCCAUAUCAAACCUUCUAGUAGAUUGUGAUUUCCUCGAAAAUGAGUUCGGGCGAAUAGGAAGGCCACAUCUAAGCUCUGCAUUCAAUGAGCUCCGUGUUACGACCGGAAUUGUCCUUGCAGACAAAGUGCAAGAGUUUCUUAUCCCAGCUAAUAGGCAAAAUACUUAUGCAGUAGUGAAACAUAAGCGAUUGCAGGCCCUCCUCGAAAAGCUGGCUCAGUACGGAUCUACAAGGCGAGAUACGCCUGGCCGACAGUUGGGUGAAAAGAGACGAAAAGAAGCAGACGCUGUCGGCAGAUUAUUUCCGGGACAAGGACGAUAGGUUUAUUACUCUCACUGUAAUGAUUG